GCUCAUUCUAACACCUUUUGAUCUUUACCAUAAGGACAGCAAAUCAAAAUGCCGGCAAGAACAUCAUCUCUUGCCGCUGAAUUGGCUGAGCUUGGAAAUGCGACUCCAUAUGAUGAUGGAUUGGAUAGCGAUCCAGAAGCAUUAGAUGCCGGAAAACGUCAAGGAGAGGAUGAUGACGAAGAAGAAGAUGAAGAAGAUUUAGCAAGAAAUCAUGCCAGGCAUAAUAUGGUACACGUUGAACCAUCAAAAAUGCGUAAACAAGCAAACUUUAUCGAAUCAAUGGAUGAUGAAACUAUGAACAAAUAUCAAGGUGUUAAAGCUACAAGGAAGGAAAUGAUGGGAGAGGAUGAUGAAAGCGAAGAUGAAGAAGAAGAUCAAAGUGAUCUGGAUGAUGAGGAGCUCGGGAGCGAUGAGCUUGAAGGGACAGAAGACGAGGAUCUCGACGAUAGCGAGGAGGACGAUGAUGAGGAGGAUGAAAGCAUGGACGAGUCCACAGGUGACAUGUCGGAAAGCGAAGGAGACGGAUCUCUCGAACCGAAAGCCACAGGGAAGAAGUUGAGAUUUGCUGAAGACGUUGAUGACAAAAGACAGACACCAAAAGAGAACGGCAAAAAGAGCGCAGCACAGAGCGAUGCAACUCUUCUGGCGGAACUGAAGCAAAGGUCAAGCGAAGAUGCUGCCAGAGGAAGAGAUGCAAGAAAACAGAUUGAUGCCUGGGGAAAAUUGCUUGGAACUCGUAUUCGUGCACAAAAGGUCGUUCGAUCUGCCGGAAGGAUCUCAACAAAGGCUAUGGCAAGUUACAUCUCAGAUUUAGAAAAGGAUGGAGAAGAAAGGUCGGCUUUAGAAGAUUCGUUGGAUGCACUCGAUCAACUUAGCUCUCACUUAUUCAAAGCACAACAAUCUAUCUUGAGCUCCUAUGCCUCGACAUCUGAAACUGGAAGCACAUUAGAAGCAUUGGCAGAGCUGCAAGGUGAAAUCGAAAAGCAAAUUCGUCCAAACUCUCGAAAACGGAAAGUGGAAGACGAUGACCAUUUGAACGACCAAAUCGCUCUUUUAAUGAGAAUGCACGAAGAUGUAUAUUCUCCUAUGUGGAAAGACGUUCUGUCAAAAUGGUCUUGGCGUACAUCAAAUGCAACGAUGGAAGAUAAGAGAAAAGCAAAGAGCAAAUUUGACAGUUCAAGUGCAGUAGGUAGCAGCAAUGGUCUCAAAGCUAUCGAACAGAGCGCCGAAGAACAGAUCCAACGUGGAAUGACGGGUGAGGCAUUUGAAAGACUACGAAAGCGUACUCGUGUUUGGCGUGGAACAGAUAAUGAAAGCAGAAUCGAUGUUGAUGACCAAGAAGGAAGCGAUGAUGAAGAGGAUGACAGCACGAAUAACGCCGCAAAUGCAGAGAAUGCGGACGUAUUUGAUGAUUCAGACUUUUAUGCUGCUCUAUUACGAGAAUUGAUCGAUAAUAAAGGCGGCUUAUCAACAACAGAUGCAGAAGGAUCAGCAGCUUCAGCAUCAUGGGCACAAGCAGCAAAAAGAGCAGCAAAGAAGCAUCGUGUGGUAGAUCGAAAUGCAUCAAAAGGUAGACGAUUACGUUUUGACGUUCAUGAAAAAGUACAAAGCUUUAUGCCACCCAUCCCCUCGGAAACUUGGAGUGUGGAACAAAUCGAUCGUUUGAUGCGACAGUUGCGUAACACUUAUGGCAACGGCAAGGUUGCUUCUGCAGAUGGAGAGGAAGGGGUCGGAAACCAUGCUGAUGAAGAUGAAGAUGUUAAAGCACCUGCAGAAGUAGCAUUGGAUGGUCUCAGACUUUUCGGAUGAGCACAUCUUCCCUGUACACUAGUUGUUCAUUCAAAUUUGAUGUAUUUGUAUAAGGUAUCACAAUUGUUCUGAGAAGGUUUCGCAUUGUAUGAAAAUGAGUUAAAGUAGUGAAACGAUACCGUCGAUGUAGUGACCAAAGCGUCACUCACUUGGGCUUCUGCCGUUCAAGUAUUGGUAUAAACGAGAAUAUUGUCGUACUUCUGGCGUAUCCAUAAUGUUAUUGUCCGGACC